ACUUUAAGGUUAAUAUCAUCUUCAAACGGUGGAGCUGUUGUAAAUCGAAGAUGCGCAGAAACUGCAAACAAGGAUUGGUGCGCAGUGAGCUACUAUCCCUACGUUAAUACAGCAAACUUCGGCUGCGCCAACGAAUUUUUUGUCCCUUUUGGUAGUGCUACAUGUGGGGAUGGGCCUGGAUUCAUAAAUCAGCAAGGCUGUAGCAUGGCAAACACUCCUACUGGACCUUGUUAUUUCUGUUGUUGUCGUGGUGGCUUGUGCAACCACCCAGCGAUAUUUGCACGAGAAGCCGCCCGUAUUCCUGUUUCUACCCAAGAAAGAACCAUGUCUUUGAACCACGCGGGAGAAAAAUGUAUACCUUCUGCAUUAGUUGUUAUUAUUGUAGUGUUAGAAUUUGUUUAG